AUGGCUGACAACCCAUCUCAGACGUUGUCGCCCUCGGAGGAUUUUUCGGGGGCUCUCGCAAAGUCACCGCUGGCUCGACUAGACCCCAGCUUCUCCCCGAGCUAUGGGUCCAGCAAAGACCCAGAGCCGCUCGUGCCGGUGCUGGCGGAGGCAGAGCACCAGCCAACAAUCCCUCAGAGCUACGAUGAAGCUGGAGAUGGACAAGGAUAUCUAGCACAUGGGAUGGAAAGUGCAGAACCAGACCAAAGUAGCCCCGACCCACCAUUCCAGCCCUUCUUCACCAUCAUCGAAGAUGCGCAUAGCUCGGCCGUCCACCACCCAACAGUGCAUUAUAUAUUCUCCGACGACGACACGGAUAUCAUCAAGGAAGCCGGAUUUCGUAGUCUCGAAAUCCAGGGCAUCACGAUACCUGCGGAGAAAAAGGAGAAAGAAUUCGAAGACGAUCCCGAUAGCCCAACCGACCACGAUCCGAACGAAGAAGAUAAAUCCAUCCUCCCACCUGCUCUUCCGGGCGUCCGAACACACUACCUCUUAUUGGACGUUGAACCAUUCUCCGCGCCAGCCGAUCAAGUCACGCCCGAUGCAAAAAACACGUUUAGUACCUCUCCUGCCGGGCCCGGGGUCAUAACUAGCCCAAUGUCCCCUUCGGCAGCGAACCCAGCCGCCGUUCCCCCCACACAAUAUCGUGUCACAUCGGCGAAGAGCUUCUCUCCGACCUGGCAGAUCCUCAACGCCGAUCUAGUUCCCGCGCCGACGUUCGACAGCCAGGAUCCCAACGACGGGCCUUCUCACGGGAUGAUGCUGAAUAUUCGUGGAACCGGUGGGGUGCCGAAAGACCCACGAAGCAAAGAGGAUGGACUCGAAGCUCUGAUGGGGAGAUUUGAAAAGCACAUGAGUGAGCUACAAGCCGUGAUUGAUUCUGCCCGGGUAGAGGAAGUGGAUGCAGGAAACGGGCAAGCUGCCGAACACGAAGGCGAUAGCGAGGCAAAAGCGGAAGCAGACGCGGAGGCGGAGAUUGAAGUCCACGGAACCGAACUUCCUUAA